GUGAUGUUUGUGAUAAACGCUUUAGUCAGCUUGGAAGUUUACGGCUGCACAUGAGAACACAUACAAGGAAAAAACCUUAUAACUGUGAUUUAUGUGGUAAUGCGUUUAGUUGGCGUGGGAAUUUAAGGACUCAUAUCAGAACACAUACAGGGGACAAGCCUUAUGACUGUGGUGUAUGUGGUAAAGGGUUUAGUGAGAAAGGUAGUUUACAGAGACACAUGAGAAUACAUACAGGGGAUAAACACGAUAAACCUCAUGACUGUGAUUUAUGUGGUAAAGGGUUUAGUCAGCUUGGUAGUUUACAGAUUCACAUGAGAACACAUACAGGUGAUAAACCAUAUGACUGUGACGUAUGUGGUAAAAAGUUUAGUGAGCAAGGUAGUUUAAAGACUCACAUGAGAACACAUACAGGGGAUAAACCUUAUGACUGUGGUGAAUGUGGUAAGGGGUUUAGUAAAAGUAGGGGUUUAUGGGAUCACAUGAGAACACAUACAGGUGAUAAACCUUAUAUAUGUGAUGUAUGUUGUAAGGAGUUUAGUCAGCAUAUUAAUUUACAGACUCACAUGAGAACACACACAGGUGAUAAACCGUAUGACUGUGGCGAAUGUGGUAGGGGGUUUAGUCGUAGAAGUAAUUUACAAGAUCACAUGAGAACACACACAGGUGAUAAACCUUAUAUAUGCGAUGAAUGUGGUAAAGGGUUUAGUCAGCAUAGUAGUUUACAGACUCACAUGAGAAUACAUACAGGUUACAAACCUCAUAAGUGUGAUGUAUGUGGUAAAAAUUUUAGUUUGCUGAGUCAUUUAAGAAGACACAUGAGAACACAUACAGGAGAUAAACCUCAUAACUGUGGUGUAUGUGAUAAACGGUUUAGUCAGUCUGGUACUUUACAGAGACACAUGAAAACGCAUACAUAGUAGGGUACAUAUUCACAUGAGAAUACAUGUACAUACAUACAUGUAGUAAUUUACAGUUUACAGAUUCACAUGAGAAUACAUACAUAGUAAUUUACAGUUUACAGAUUCACAUGAGAAUACAUACGUAUAUAGUAAUUUACAGUUUACAGAUUCACAUGAGAGUACAUACAUAGUAAUUUACAGUUUACAGAUUCACAUGAGAAUACAUACAUAGUAAUUUACAGUUAACAGAUUCACAUGAGAAUACAUACAUAUAUAGUAAUUUACAGUUUACAGAUUCACAUGAGAAUACAUACAUAGUAAUUUACAGUUUACAGAUUCACAUGAGAAUACAUACAUAGUAAUUUAAAGUUUACAGAUUCACUUGAGAAUACAUACAUAGUAGUUUACAGUUUACAGAUUCACAUGAGAAUACAUACAUAGUAAUUUACAGUUUACAGACUCACAUGUGAAUACAUACAUAGUAAUUUACAGUUUACAGAUUCACAUGAGAAUACAUACAUAGUAAUUUACAGUUUACAGAUUCACAUGAGAAUACAUACAGGCGAUAAACCUCGUGACUAGGGUGUAUGUGGUAUAGGGUUUAGUCGACUUGUUAGUUUACAGAGACACAUGAGAAUGGUUCACAAUGAGAACACAUACAAAUGAUAAGCUGCGUGAUUGUCAUGUUCACGGUAAAGUCAGUUAAAAAAUAAUCACGAUAAAGG